AUCAUCUCGUCAAAUCAAUAUCUUGGUUUCUUCGUUGCCAAGAAUCGAACGAUACGCUAUUCUACCCGAAAUUUGGAUCCGAAUCCCAAAUCUGCACUCGCCCUUUUGCUUCGCCGAUUCUUUCCUUUUUCACGGUAUUUUGUUGAUUCUCCUCAAGCCCUAAUUUUUGCUCAAGUUUUUGUUGGAGCUGGGACUAGUGUACUUCGAUGGUAUACAACAACCUAGCAGGAAGAUUAGGGUUAGGGUUUUCUGUUCUAAGCACAUCCCUUGAGUGGAAGAAUUUCUGAAAGUCUAGGGUUUUUGAUUUUGAUUUCUGGUCUGAUAAGAAGAAGAAGAAAAAGGGUUGGUUUGUGAGGAUAAUGUGUAUAUUGUGUGUGAUUCAAAAGUGGUCUCGCCGGGUUGCAACGAUGCUGCCUUGGUUGGUCUUACCUUUGAUUGGACUAUGGGCUCUGUCUCAGCUUCUUCCACCAGCUUUUCGUUUUGAAAUCACUUCUCCCAGGCUAGCUUGUGUAUUUGUGCUUUUGGUUACUUUGUUCUGGUACGAGGUUUUGAUGCCUCAGCUUUCUACUUGGCGUGUGCGGAGAAAUGCUAGACUUAGGGAGAGAAAGAGAUUGGAAGCUAUGGAACUGCAAAAGCUUAAGAAAACUGCUACACGACGUUGCCGUAACUGCUCAACGCCUUACCGGGACCAAAAUCCUGGUGGUGGAAAAUUUAUGUGCUCAUAUUGUGGGCAUAUAUCAAAGAGACCUGUUUUAGACAUGCCUGUGCCUCCAGGGUUAGGACUUUCUGGUUCUGGUAUAUUGAAGGAUCUUGUAGGAAGAGGUGGUAAGAUGUUGAAUGGAAAGGGAUGGAAUGAGAAUGGUUGGAUGCACGGGCAAGAAUGGUCAGAAAACAGCACAUGGACUAGCGAGUCAGCCUAUUGGCGGAAUAAUAGUGGUAGUACAUUUGGUGAAGAUGAGAAUUGCUUGGGGGGAAAAUCAUAUCCUGGUGGCGUUGUUUUUACAUGCCGACUGCUUGCUUCUUUUUUCAUGAGCAUUAGGUGGCUUUGGAGAAAGAUUUUUAGCUUUAGCUCUUCGGUUGAUGAAUCGUCAACCGAUGCUGACCAGAGACGAUUACUGGCUAGGCAGGGUGAGAAUGGGACCAGCUAUCAUGAGAGUAGGGUUGAGAAAGCACGCAGAAAAGCCGAGGAGAAAAGACAAGCUAGGCUGGAAAAGGAGCAUUUGGAGGAAGAAGAGAGAAAACAACGAGAGGAAGUCGCGAGACUAGUGGAGGAACGGAGAAAAUUAAGAGAUGAGAAGAUUGAAGCCGAGAGAUCCAGCAAAGCAUCAUCUGCUUCCAAAGAAAAAGAUACUAAAAGGGAGGCAGAGAAGAAGCGCCAGGAGAGAAAGAAAGAAAGAGAUAGGGCCUCUAGUAAGAGCAAUUCCGAUGUCGAAGAGCUUGAUAAGAGAAUAGGAAAAGAUACUGACCAUAAGCGUGAGCUUGAGAAAAAUGAUCAUUUUAGGAGCCCCAACAUGGAAAAGAGGCAUGGGCAUGGUGUAGAUAAUAAUGCUACUAGUAACAGUAACAUGACAGGUGCUGGCGGUAGGUACUUUGAUCGAGUGAAGGGUACAUUCUUCUCUUCUUCUAAGGCUUUUACAGAUAACCGGUUCUUUGGAAGAGGUGUCAAUAUGUCAGCUACAAUUGCAAAAGAGAAUAAGCACAUCGGUUCUGCAGACCAUUCUCAUGCAUCUGCUCAUACUAGGCAUAUUAAUCCUCCUGAAUUUGUUGCUGGAAAAUCUGGUUCAAAUGGAGAGGAAAGGAAUACUACUCGUCAUGUUGUUUCUGAGCCGCUACCAAGUGGAGAACCUAAAAAAUCAUGGCAGCAACUAUUCGCCCGUACGCCAUCUGUGCCUGCCUCCUCCAAUGUUAAUGUUAUAAGUCGACCUAGUACAAAGCCCAAAGAUGUUCAGAGUUCACAGGUUCCUAAUCAAGAUCAGUCAAUCCGAACCUUUGACAAUCCAAUCAGUUUUGGGCUCCCAUCACCAUUCACUAUACCAACAUACUCUAGCGGAUCGACUAUCAGUAGCUUAGGUUUCUCAUCUGCAAGAGAUAUUGUUCUCCCUCAGCCUGGGGAAAAGGCUCAUGCUUUUAUGCCUGAAGAAGAGCGUUUUGAAGAUCCGUGUUAUGUUCCGGAUCCAAUAUCUCUUCUGGGACCUGUAUCAGAAUCGCUUGAUCUAAGGGCUGGGUUUGAAACUAAUGGAAGACUGGAAAAACCCCACUUGUUAAAGAAUACACCUUUUUGUGAAGUCAAUAAGCCAUCUCCGAUAGAAUCUCCCUUGUCAAGAUUACGAGUUGCAGAUGAAAAACAAGUUAAUGAUGGAAGCUGGCAAAUGUGGAAGACCACUUUUGGCCAAGACCUUCUUCUACCUUCAGAUAAUACUAGAUCUAAUGAGGAAAAUGCUGUGCAUCAUGUGCCUCAUAGGACAUCAUCGUUAUUUGCAACAGAUGACCCUAUUCUCAGUGCAUAUUCACACAAGAAGGAAAGUUUUGAAAAUGAUCAGAGAAGUGGCCCGUUCAGCCCCAUUGCUGGUCCAAGCAACCAUGAUCCCUGGUCACAGAAAAUGUUCCUCCCAGCAUCAUCUGGCAUAGAGAGUCUUUUGUCGCCUAGUAGACCAGAAGAUACUGGCCCGAAUAAUGUUGCAUACAUGAGUCCAACUGGGUUGGCUCCAGAUAAUCCAUUUGAACUCCCUUCUCCGAAUCACUGGCUCAAGUAAGACUAGUUUGUUCUGAACCUUUAUUACUGUUUUGCUCGAUUCAUUUGUGGCCAUGGCUAUUCAAUAAUGUGUUCAAAGGGACUAGGUUAUAGUAACAGUUUUAGUUUUUUCCUAGGCUAUAGAGCAGCUUAUGCCUGUAACAUGCUUUAGAGUUGCUCUUACAUUAGUUAUAGAUUAGGUUUCUUUAGAACUUUGCUAAGUUUGGAACAUUAGCAAUGGAGAUUAUUGUGUAAUGAUUUUGGUGUUUGUUAAUAAUGUGUAGGAAAGUGA